AGACUACACCUAUUACCUCCCCUGAACGUAAAGCGGGGGUAGAUACAUCACAUAAAGGGGUUCGCCCAAGACUAUGGAUAAGUUUCUCCUCUAAUUUCAUUGAAUAUAACACAUUUUGGAAACAAUGCGACCUGAAACUGGAAUAGUUAUUGCUGCCUUGUUCUGCAUGGGCUGCUGCGUGACACUCACAGCGCACAAGAAAGUGUGUCAGGGGAUCAGCAACAGGCUGACGCUGCUGGCGACUGUAGACGACCACUACAACAACCUGGUGAAGAUGUACAGCAACUGUACCGUGGUUCUGGAGAACCUAGAGCUCACCUACAUCCAGGACUACCACGACCUCUCCUUCCUCAAGUCCAUUCAGGAGGUUGGAGGAUACGUUCUGAUUGCCCUCAAUAAGGCAGCCAGCAUCCCUCUGGAGAACCUGCGUCUUAUCCGAGGACACUCCCUCUUCCUUGACAAGUAUGCCCUGACUGUAACGUCCAACUACGAGAAGAAUCACUCCUCUGUGACCCUCAACUACACCCGGGGCCUGAGGGAGCUGAAGCUGAGUGGACUGACAGAGAUUCUCAAGGGAGGUGUGAAAAUUGCCCACAAUCCUUUGCUGUGUAAUGUGGAAACCAUCCAGUGGUGGGACAUGGUAAAUAAGGCCAUAAACCAUAGUAUGCACUUCAAACUGGAGAGCUAUGGCCGUUACUGUGACAAGUGUGACCCGGGAUGCUACAAUGGAUCGUGCUGGACCUCAGGACUAGAGAACUGUCAAACCUUUACCAAGCUGACGUGUGCAGAGCAGUGCUCUGGAAGGUGUAGGGGUCCUAAACCCAGUGACUGCUGUAAUGAACACUGUGCUGCAGGCUGCACCGGCCCUAGGCCAACAGAGUGUCUGGCUUGUAGAGACUUCCAGGAUGAUGGCACAUGUAAGGAUGCCUGCCCCCCUACCAUGCUCUACAAUCCCAACACCCACCAGUUGGCUUCCAACCCUAACGCCAAGUACACGUUCGGGGCCACUUGUGUGAAGGACUGCCCACAUAACUAUGUGGUGACGGACCACGGGGCGUGUGUCAGAACGUGCAGCGGCAACACACACGAGGUGGAGGAGAAUGGUGUCAGGAGGUGCAAGAAGUGUGACGGAAUCUGUCCGAAAGUUUGCGAUGGACUUGGAAUGGGGCUGCUUACUAAAGUGUUGUCAAUCAACGCGUCUAACAUUGAUUCUUUCAAAAACUGCACCAAAAUCAAUGGAGCUGUUUCAAUUAUGCAGACAUCUUUGGAUGGUGAUAGGUACACAUCAACACCAAAAAUGGACCCUGCCAAACUGGAAUAUUUCAAGACUGUGAAGGAAAUUUCAGGGUUUUUGCUGAUACAAGCUUGGCCCGAGCACCUCGACUCUCUCAGUCCAUUUGAAAACCUAGAGAUUAUCAGAGGAAGGACCAAACAGUUUGGUCAGGUGAGUUUCGCUGCCCUCAACUUGGCCCAUCUGAAGUAUUUAGGCCUCCGCUCCCUGCGAGAGAUCAGCGAUGGCAAUGUUGUGGUGAAGAACAACCCCCAGCUCUGCUACACCAACGGAGACCACUGGAAGAGCCUGUUCAGAUUGGGCAAACAGUCCUCAACGGUGGGCAACAACGUCAACAUCAGCACCUGUGCCAAGCUAAACAGUACCUGUGAUGAGAUGUGCACUGACGAGGGCUGCUGGGGGCCCGGCCCCACGAUGUGUUUUACAUGCCUGUAUUACACCCGUAGGGGGCGCUGUGUAGGGGCCUGUCACCUACUGGAGGGGGUGCCACGAGAGUAUGUACUGAAUAACAAGUGUCUAGAAUGUGACCCAGAAUGUAUGGUGAAUGGACCACAAAGCUGCUUUGGACCAGGCCCUGACAAAUGUUUGGCGUGCGCCCACGUCAAAGAUGGCCCCCACUGUGUAUAUCAGUGCCCACACGGCGUUCUCGGGGACGGGGAUAGGCACAUCUGGAAAUACACCGACAAGAAGCGAGAAUGUCAGCUCUGCCAUGAGAACUGCACCCAGGGAUGCUCUGGACCUGGACUGAGUGGCUGUAGCACCAGAGGUGGUCACGUUGCGUCGGUGGUGGUGGCCAGAGUGGUGGGAGGCCUCCUGGUGUUUGUGGUCCUCGCCCUGGGUGUUUUCGUGCUGCUCCGCAGACGCCACGUCGUCAGGAAGAGGACACUGCGCCGUCUGCUGCAGGAGAGAGAGUUGGUUGAACCCCUGACCCCAAGUGGAGAGGCACCCAACCAGGCCCUGCUCCGCAUUCUGAAGGAGACUGAGUUUAAGAAGAUCAAAGUGUUGGGAUCAGGGGCCUUUGGAACUGUCUUUAAGGGCAUGUGGAUUCCUGAGGGAGAAAACGUGAAGAUCCCUGUUGCCAUUAAGGUGUUGAGAGAGGCCACUUCUCCAAAAGCCAACAAGGAGAUUCUAGACGAGGCCUAUGUGAUGGCUAGCGUGGAGCACCCCCAUGUGUGUCGUCUACUGGGCAUCUGCCUGACGUCCACGGUGCAGCUCAUCACCCAGAUCAUGCCCUACGGCUGUCUGCUGGACUAUGUCAAGGAGAACAAGGACAACAUCGGCUCCCAGUGCCUGCUUAACUGGUGUGUGCAAAUCGCCAAGGGUAUGAACUACCUGGAGGAGCAUCACCUGGUGCACCGUGACCUGGCGGCCAGGAACGUUCUGGUGAAGACGCCUCACCACCUCAAGAUCACCGAUUUUGGACUGGCCAAGCUGCUCACCGCAGACGAGAAGGAGUACCACGCAGAUGGGGGCAAGGUGCCCAUAAAGUGGAUGGCACUGGAGUCCAUCCUUCACUGGACCUAUACACAUCAGAGUGAUGUGUGGAGCUACGGUGUGACAGUGUGGGAGCUGAUGACGUUUGGGUCCAAGCCCUACGAUGGCAUCCCGGCCAUUGAGAUAGCUGGAGUCCUGGAGAAAGGAGAGCGCCUGCCACAGCCCCCCAUCUGUACCAUAGACGUCUACAUGAUCAUGGUCAAAUGCUGGAUGAUCGAUGCAGAGAGCAGACCACGGUUCAGGGAGCUCAUCUCAGAGUUCUCCAAAAUGGCCCGGGAUCCAUCUCGCUAUCUGGUCAUUCAGGGGGAUGAUCGCAUGUACCUGCCCAGUCCCACGGAACCUAUGUUCUACCGUAGCCUGAUCAGUACAUCAGAGAACAUGGAGGAUGCUGAGGAGUAUCUUCACCCCUAUAAGGACCUCUCCACCAGACAGACCACCCAGCACCACAACUCUAGAAAUGGCCAUCCAAUGAGAGAAAACAGUGUGAUCCUUCGCUACAUCACAGAUCCCACCCACGGUGGUUCUCUAGAGAAGGACAUCACAGACCCCACCCACGGUGGUUCUCUAGAGAAAGAUUUCCCAGCUCUUCCAGAAUACAUGAACCAGGGCGGGAACACCAGGCUCUCUGACGUCUUCAACCCCAGCUAUGAGGACCCCACUGAGCCAGCCUGGGCUAGUAGGCCCUCCUCUGGGUACGACCCGGACGUCAAGUUCUUCAACUUCCUGCCGUGCAUGCUGGAGAUCCCUGAGUACCACAACAUGGCCCGCAGUACCCUCCCUCGCUCCAUCUGCGAGCGCAUGGACAACCCAGACUACCAGGAGGACUUCCUGACUCAGGCCACACCCACCAGUAGUCACUUCCUGCCUGCAGCAGAGAACCUGGAGUACCUUGGGUUGAGCGCUGCUGUACACGCCCCUGUACGCUAGGGGUGUCCUCCCACAGAACACAGGUACAGUGAGGGACUAUGGGACCUAAAGGAACUUGGAUGGAGACAGAUGUGGGACAUCAGGGAAGGGUUUGGAGAGAUUACAGUAGUGUGGUUGUCCCUUUAUUUAUGGAGUGAAUAGGCUUUUUGCGUCGUCCUUGGACGUAAGUCAGCCGAAACCAAGAUGGCGUCUGUCAUGAACUGAUGCUCCUGGGAAAUGUGUACUCUAUUUCAAAUCCAUGAAGCAACCAUCCACAGGUGAGUUUGGGUGACUUUCCAAUCAGAAGAAUGAGCCAAAGCCGUGACAAUACAAUUAUGUCAUGCAAGUAACUUAUUUGUACACUGUUGUUUGUUCAGUUCGGGUCGAGCGUGUGAAACGGUUGUUUUUUUAUUUGUCUUGCCAAGAAAUGUGAAUGUGGAGUGAACUGAGAUACUGGUGGACACUGACGGACCUUAUGCUUACAUUGUAUUGUGGACACAGUUUAUUAGAGCUUUUCACUGUUGUACACACUUAAAUACCAAGACUCAAACGAUUUUGGGUACCGAGAGCUACUGGUAACUAAGAGGGUCAAUUCAAAGUAUUUUCAAAAAACGACACACAAAUGUACAGAUUGUGUUAGGCGUGCAUUGAUCUACACAAUGACGGUAAAUAAUGGCGACGUAUUCGGGUCUCACUCUUUAUCUUAGAAAGAAAACUGGUCUGUAAGUCUUAACUCUUGCUAGUAUUAAUAAUUGCAAUAAGGAUUGAAAACUGGAAGAGCACAAAUAGACACUAUAAAAGAACUCUAUGGGUGGAGAACGAUUAAAUGAAGGUGUGGCGGUGUGCCGUAUUCUGACCUUGAAUGAAUGCCCCCACCUCAAACCCCUCCCCCCAUUCAUGGUUUCCUAGCGUGUAAAGAUGGUGGAAUUAAGGCAAGUUCAGAAUACGGCGUGAAAAAAAACAACUAUAUAAAUACAAAUAUAUAUGAUUUUUUUUUUUUCUUUUUUUUACUAAGUCUGGCUUUCAACUUACUCUUGAAAGUUGUAAUAGUAGAAUGCACAAGGUGCAAUUUCAAAAUUGGGUAGUAAAGCAUCAGUUUAGCUCGUCAGUCAUUGCAUACCUUGAGAGCUAUUUAUAACUAUAACUAACAUCAAAUGUCCAGAUCAACUAGACCAUGUCAGCUCAAGUUUUUAGCUGGGGUUUUUUGUCUAAGAAAAAGCACGAGGUGCAGACCAAGGGCGAAUAAACUGUAAGCUAUAAAAAUUGAGUUUAUAUAUGAACUCCCAGUAACUUAGUGGGUAAAACACCAGGGUCACCCUGAAGAAGGCAGAGUGAUGCCGAAACGUUGGUGGUUUACCCAAUAAAUUACUGGGAGUUUAUAUAUAGUGUGCAAUUCUUUAUUUUUAUAGCUAGAUUUUUUAGCUCAUAGAUUUUGUUGUAAUGUUUGAGUCACUUAAAUCACAUGAAUAUACAUUAGGCAUGACAAAAUGUGUAGAAUUGCAGGAAAUAAACUUUAAACCUUACAUUUUA